AUGGCGGGUAUUCCAUCUUCAUUACGUGAAUUAUUCUAUUCCUUUUCUGAUGGGAAUGGAAUGAAUAAUGAAACAUUAGCAGAUACCAGUGAACAAGUUUAUAUAUCUCCUUUGGCUCUUCUAAAGAUAUUAAAACAUGGACGGGCUGGAGUACCUAUGGAAGUUAUGGGUUUAAUGUUAGGCGAAAUAGUUGAUGAAUACACCAUAAGAAUUGUUGAUGUGUUCGCUAUGCCUCAGUCAGGUAAUAGUGUAAGUGUCGAAGCAGUAGACCCAGUUUAUCAAACGAAUAUGUUAGAGGAAUUAAAAAAAACAGGCAGACAUGAAAUGGUCGUUGGAUGGUAUCACUCGCAUCCUGGUUUUGGUUGUUGGUUAUCAGGUACUGAUGUAAAUACUCAGAAAAGUUUUGAACAAUUAAAUCCAAGAACUAUUGGUGUUGUAGUAGAUCCUAUACAAUCUGUUAAAGGAAAAGUUGUUAUUGAUUGCUUUAGAUUAAUUAAUCCACAUAUAUUAAUGUUAGGACAAGAACCAAGACAAACUACAUCAAAUAUUGGUUAUUUGACUAAACCAACCUUAACAGCUUUAGUUCAUGGAUUAAAUAGAAACUAUUAUUCAAUUGUUAUUAAUUAUAGAAAAAAUGAAUUAGAAAAAAAUAUGUUAUUAAAUUUACAUAAAGAUAUGUGGACCAACCCCUUAAAAUUAAAUGAUUUCCAUGAACAAAAAAAAAGCUCAGAUGAAACAUUAGAAGAUAUAAAAAAAUUAACUACCUUAUAUAAUAAAAAUCUUCGUAAUGAAAUGAAAAAAACAAGUGAAGAAAUACUUUUAGAAAAUAUUGGAAAAAUUGAUGCUAAAAAAAGAAUACAAAAUUCGGUUGAAACGUUGUUAAACGAAUCAAUUCUCACAUGUAUAGGAACUAUGGCAAAUACUCUGUUCUUUUAA